AUUACAAUCUAAAGACUAUAGAUAUUAUGUUUAUCAUUCGUUUGCUUUUUCAAACUUGAUUUCAUGUAAAACUUUUAGUAUUAUCAGCCGCUUAACAUUUUAGUUAUUAUAAAAAAUAUAGAUUAUAAUUUAUUAAAAUAACUUUAAAAUACCUACCUAGUUUUCAAAAAUUAAUUCUUACUAACUUUUACCAUGGCAAAUCCACCAAGUAAACCACCGCGGGGAAUUAAGACUCCAAAGGAAACUAGCGGAUUACUAAUGACUAUGAUUCGAGCAUUGUCUGCUACUGAAUCUAACGAACAUCGUGAAAUUGAAAAAACUGCAUUAGAGAGAGAAUUUAAGCGAUGUGAUCAAAAAUUAGAAGAAUUGAUUUCUAUGGAACACCAAAAUCUUGCUCGUGUAAUGCAUUUAUUUACUUCAGUGUCUAGUGAAAUUAAUUUAUCUAGAGAACGAGUUCAAGCUGCUAAGCAGAAACUUCUUGCAUGUAAAACAUUAUUAAGAUGUAAACGGGAUGAGCUAAGAAAAUUUUAUGUUGAGAGUAUUGAGCAACAUCACAUGCUAACACAAUUGACUCAAAUUGAACAAAUUAAAGAAGUUCCUUUUCAAUUGAACGUAUUAGAAUCAAAAAAUCAAUAUUUACAAUGUACUAAAUUGCUAAUGGACACUUUGCAAAUAAGUAAUAAUGAUUUGAAAAAUAUAGAUGCAUUAAAUGAAUUAAGAAUUGAACUGAAACACAAAAAACAAGCUCUAUACAAUAGAUUAUUGGAUGAAUUAAUGAAUCAUAUUUAUGUUAUUUCACCACAAUCUGCUAAAUCAUUUCGUCGUACUGGGUCAGAUGGAUAUAAUUCUUCAUUUGGACAAAGUACAAGAAGAUCAUACAAAUAUAUACCACAAAUUGUUACACACAAAGACAAUUUAAAUGAAAAUAAUGAGACUGAUAUUAACGAGCUUGAUACCGAAAAAUUUGUCCCUAUAGCUGUUGAGUGCCUUGCCAUACUUUUUAAGUUAAAUGAUACAAUUGAAAAAUUAAAAUCUACAAUGCAAACACAAUUAGUUGAAAUUGUUGAAAAAACUACAAAACAAAUAUUAACUACUAAUCAAUCAAAAAAUUCUGGGGAACAAUUAGUAACUUUAGUAAACGGAGUCAUUUUACAAUUUUAUUCAGUUGUUGAUGCACACCAGCUCUUUUUAAGCAGUUUAGAUAAGAUUGUUGACCAAAAACUACUAGCCAAUGUAAACAAAUAUGAUCUUAAAUAUGUUUGGGAAAACAUUGAGUCUAUUGUGCAAAUGUUCUUAAGUAAUUAUUUGGACGUAAAUAGUCAUUCAGAUUUAGUUAUAAAAUCUACACCAAUUUUUAGUAAUAUUGAUCUAAAUAUUUUUUUUUCAAAGAAAAAAAUUCAAAGACCAAAACAAUGUCUUUUUAAGUUUUCAAAUGCUUUUGAAAGUUCUUCUGAUAUAUUAGAGAGACCUUUUACCAGUAUAACACAGACACAAACAAUGAUUUGCACAUCAAGUUCAGAUAAUAUAAUUUAUAUAUAUGAACCACUCACAAUGUUUAUACAACAAAUUGAACAAUCAAUAAACAUGAGUACAUGUACUUUAAGUUUAUGGCUUAAUGAAUACAUAAGAACAGUUUUUCUUGAUCGUCAGCAUAGUAAAGUAGCAACAACAGUUGAAUCAAUUACUAAGCAAGUUGAUGCUUGGCAUGCAAUUACUACACCAGAACAAAUUCAGGAGUUAAUCAUUUCUAGACCAUUAUUAUCAAGUACUGUUAGCAUAUGGAAUAAUAUAUGUCAAAUAAAAAAAUUGGUCAUAACUAUGCCAGAAUAUGCAUCACAUUUCUUAAUGAUAAUGGUUAGCAUUAGUAGAAGCUAUAAAGAAACUUGUGAUAGCUUAUUUACUUCCAAUAUUAAAUCAUGUGAUAAUACUACCAAGCUAGUUAGUUAUUUAUGGAUUCAAAAACAUGAUUUAGUUGACUAUCUCAAACAAUCUCACAACUGGGUUAGAAGAGAAUAUGAAAAUAAAUCAAAAAAAAGUUCAGUGGAUGAAUUAAAACGAUAUACUCAAGAAGUUGAUAAGUUGUUUGAGAAUUUAGAAGGAAACGAUUUUAAAGUAACCAGUGUUUCAGAUAUAAAUCAACUUAGGUGUUUAGCACACCUUUUGGAAAGCAUGGAAUGGUUUGGAAAAAAAUUAAAUGAGAUUUCAAAUCCAGAAUCAAAACAUUAUUUAGUCCCCAAAUUGAACACUUCUAAAACGGACAAUAAUAAUUUACCAUUGUCACUAGUUGAAACUUUACACCAAUUGGGUAAAGAUUUCCUUGAGAUUUCAGAUAAUAUUCUUUUGUACCUUUAUUUAGAAGUGCGUGCUAUAAGUAUUUACUAUCUUUUACCUAGUUUUGAAUCGGCUAUUGGAAACACAACAGAACCCAAAGUUUUGGAUCUUAAUCAAUCUGUAUCAUCAUUGCAUGAAGCUAUGUUGAAUGCAAUUUCAAAUAGCAAAUCUCAAUACAUUUUUGAAGGACUUGGUGAAGUGAUGGCCAAGAGUUUAGUAAACUAUACUCGAAAUAUAGAAACGAUUGAUGAAAUUGCAAUUAGAAAAAUAAUACGUGAUAUUACAAUGCUAAAAUACAACAUAGCUGCAAUGUUAGGAGCAUCACAAGUUACUUUAGAAAAAACAAUUCAUUAUUAUGAAUUAUUACUUUGCACUCCAAAGGAAAUACUGGAAGAGAUAUUGGAAAAAGGAGCUAGUUUCAGUGAAGCAGAGUAUUUAAAUUUGCUACAAAUUGUUCAUAGGAGUAAUAAAAACGUAGAAGAAACAACUAGUUUACAAAAUGAUUUGAAAAGAUUAUCGGAUAUUUUAUCACAGACUAAACAAACAUUUUUAAUAUAAUUAUUUUAUUCGGCAAUAAUAAACAUAAAUUAUAUUUUUUUAUAAUGAA